AUGCUUUUACCAAUAAUAAUAUUUUAUUGUCUGGUGACAUUUGCAAAUGGUGAAAUUUGUGAAAAUAAUCAAUUUUGGUCUUCCGUUUUGGAAAGGUGUGAAAACUGUUCAAGAUGUACAAAUCCCGACAUAGUUAUCCGACCCUGUGAGAGGUAUGCCGAUACAGUUUGCGGACCUUUAUCAGAAUUAAACAUUGAUUGGACAUGGUUAAAAAAUCAUGGUUCUCAUUCGAAAAAAGGAAAACAUGGCAACAAUCAAAAAGAAAUGUUGGACACUUUCAAGGAAAAUUUCGAUCAAAUUCGACAACACGAAUUACACAUGAAAGAAAAACAAAAGCGAAAACAUAAAAAAGACUCGGAUGAAAACAGCGAAGAAAUUGAAAGCGGUGAUAUUUUCAUAGGAGAUCGUUAUAAAUUAAAAGCUUUUGAAGAUGGUGAUAAAAACGCCAUGAGACUUUUAAUAAAACAUGGAAAUUCUGAUCAAAAAUUUACGGAUGAAAUCAAAUCGUCAAAUGGAAAAAAUCAUAAUCGUUUAGAAGACGAUCCUCUCAUGAUGCUAAAAACAUGGCAAAAACUUUUAAGACCGCAUUUUCCCGAUGGUAAAAUACAUGUAAACGACGAUAAAGUACCGGACGUGUUAAAAGAAAAUGGUAAAGAAAACGAUUUGUACGAUCCGAAUCAUUUGAAAUUUGACGAAAAUGGAAUAUUGAUAAAAAAUUUUGGUUUCACCAAAAUCGAAGAUAAUGUUAAAAUAGAAAAAUUAAUAGACGAUAUAAAAUUUUCCGAAGAUUUUUCAACGACGGAAAAAUUCAUACUCGAUUGGCAAACUGUUAUAUUGGGUAUUGCCGUAUCUUCGUGCAUAAUAUUUUUCUUAGUCGCGGCCAUUUAUUCAAUACAACAUGCUAAACAUUGGAAAAAGUUGAGAAAUUAUUUUGACGCAGAUGUCGAAGAACUUCGGUCUUGGAUUUCAUCGAAAAAUUCCGACAGUGGUAACGUACCACCUUCUGGAAUAUAUAAAACGACAACAGAAGUUGUUUCGACAGGAGGAACGCAAUGUAAAUACUUAGAAAGAAUAAUAAGAAUGAAUGGUUGGUAUUCCGUAUAA